AUGCCCCACGCCUUAGCUCCAGUAGAGGAAGCCGAGAAUGACGCGCAAGAGCUUGAGCUCGGGGGAGAACCGGGGGAGGCGCAGGCUCUUUGCGACGAUAGAGAGAAUGGCGGAGGGGAGGCGGAAGGCGCGGGCGGAAGCGGGAGUGGCGGCGGAUGGGGGGAGCGGAGAGCGCAGCUGCUGCAGCUUGGAGCCGCGAGCUGGGACAGGCUGGUGCCGCGCCGAGUGCGGAGAAUCUUCGGGCAGGGAAUCAUGCCGCGCGCGUGGGGGUCGCAAGGGCCGAUAUUCGGGCUCGUGGAUCGGCAAACCACGCCAGCAUCGGCAUGGGAGUGGCUAGUGGACACGUGGAAGUCUCGCCGCGUGGGGCAGCUGGAUUUUCUGCGCCAUCCGCUCGUGCGGCCGGUGGUGCAGCUGCCGACGGAGGCGUUCGUAGGGCUGCUGUUCUGGACCAGCCUCAUGGCGUUCGUGCGCAGCGUGUACUGGUUCAUGCUCGCCGCGCAGGGCCUCACGUCGCACAUCCUCCUGCUUGGCUAUCUGCUAGUUCCGGGUCUCGUGCUAGGUCACGAGUUUCUACACCAACUGCUCUCCACCAAUCCGGUGCUCCGAGCGCUCCUCGUCUUAGGCGGCGUGGUCGGCGUGGGCGGCAGCAGGGAGGGCGUCGAAACCACUAUAUGGGGGGCGGAGAGUCGGGUUCGGACUCGCGGGGGGACUGCUGCUGCUGCAGGCGCUGCAGUUGGCGUUCGGCGGGCGGAACCCGCUGCUUGCGCGCUGGUGGGGGCUGCUGCUGCUGGCCGUGCUCCCGGGCGCGUGGGUGGCGGCGCUGCUGCUGUAUGA